UCUCCUUCGAAAAUCGAAUGAAACCAACGAAGUGGCGGCGGGUAUCUGAAACAAUGGACUCCACCGAUAUGCAGAAUCCGAACAGAGCGUUAACAGACACGCGCUUCUCCGAUCUAAAACCGCCUCUGUCGGAGCCGGUUCUCGAUGCUCUAACAGAAGCCGGUUUCGAGUAUUGCACGCCUGUCCAAGCAGCUACGAUUCCCCUACUAUGUAGCUACAAGGAUGUUGCUGUUGACGCCGCCACCGGCUCCGGAAAAACCCUUGCUUUCGUAGUCCCACUCGUUGAGAUUCUCCGGCGAGCCUCCUCUCCUCCUAAACCCCAUGAGGUUAUGGGAAUAAUUCUCUCUCCUACCAGGGAGCUUUCAUCACAAAUAUACAAUGUUGCACAACCUUUCAUUGCAACCUUAUCGAAUGUUAAGUCUAUGCUACUUGUUGGAGGUGUGGAGGUGAAAGCUGAUGUGAAGAAAAUAGAAGAGGAAGGAGCUAAUUUAUUGAUUGGCACACCUGGAAGGCUUUAUGAUAUCAUGGAACGCGUGGAUAUCCUGGACUUUCGAAACCUUGAGGUUUUAAUUCUGGAUGAGGCUGAUAGGCUAUUAGAUAUGGGAUUUCAAAAGCAGAUAUCUUCCAUCAUAUCUCGCUUACCCAAGCUUCGUAGGACUGGUCUUUUCUCAGCUACACAAACUGAAGCAGUUGAAGAGUUAUCUAAAGCUGGACUGAGGAAUCCUGUGAGGGUUGAAGUUCGAGCAGAGACAAAAUCACUGAAUGAUUCAACAUCUUCACAAUUAUCAUCUUCGAAAACACCUUCAGGUCUUCAACUUGAGUAUUUGGAAUGUGAAGCAGAUAAGAAGCCAUCACAACUUAUUGAUCUUCUCCUUAAGAACAAAUUUAAAAAGAUUAUAGUUUACUUUAUGACUUGUGCUUGUGUUGACUAUUGGGGGGUUGUUCUUCCACGUCUUACUGCUUUAAAGGGUUUUGCUUUGAUUCCUCUUCAUGGAAAGAUGAAACAGACUGUAAGAGAGAAAGCGUUGGCUUCAUUUAUAUCUCUCAAAAAUGGCAUUCUUCUGUGUACGGAUGUUGCAGCACGUGGACUUGAUAUUCCUGGAGUUGACUGUAUAGUGCAGUAUGAUCCCCCUCAAGAUCCAAAUGUUUUUAUCCACAGAGUUGGGAGGACUGCUCGGUUGGGUAGGCAGGGAAGUGCUAUCGUUUUCCUGUUGCCAAAGGAGGAAGCUUAUGUAGAAUUUCUGCGCAUAAGAAGGGUUCCUCUUCAAGAGAGGAAAAAUACAGAUGAUGUUCCUGAUGUUGUUCCUCAGAUACGUGCUGCUGCCAAGAAGGACCGUGAUGUCAUGGAGAAAGGACUGAGAGCAUUUGUUUCAUUUAUUCGUGCAUAUAAAGAGCAUCAUUGCUCAUACAUCUUCAGAUGGAAGGAACUUGAAGUUGGGAAGUUGGGUAUGGGUUAUGGUUUAUUGCAGCUCCCUUCAAUGCCUGAGGUAAAACACCAUUCACUUUCCACUGUUGGUUUUACUCCAGUGGAAGACGUCAAAUUGGAGGACAUCAAGUUCAAGGAUAAAUCUCGUGAGAAACAAAGAAAGAAGAAUAUGCAAGUGAAGAAAGAAGCACAAGAGCAAGAACCAAAACCCCAGAAGCCCAAUAAGACCCCCAAUGCUGCCCCUACAGCAAUGAGGAAAAAAACAGCUAAGCAGAGACGGGCUGCCCAGACAGUUGAAGAUGAAGAGGAGUUGGCUCGAGAAUAUCGUUUGCUGAAAAAGUUAAGGAAGGGGACUAUUGACGAAAGUGAAUUUGCAAGGUUAACUGGAACUGAAGAAUUAUAAUAAAGUGAAAGAUCUGCAGAUGUUCAUUUUGUGAAUUGACAUAGUAAGCUUCUGACUGGAGGGUAAUGCUUUUCAAAAGUGAGAAGGGGAGGCGAAACUCUUGUUAGGCAAGUUGAAAUCAUCUGGAGCUUGUUUUAAAGACUAUUCUCAAACAUAAGGACAGAAUAUGCAGUGAAGAAAUUUCAACAAGAGCUAGAAAGAGCCGACUGCCUGUUAAUUUCUGCAUCUGGUUUGACAGAUUAGAAUUAUAGGUUCUCAUUCCGUUUUUAUUCCUAUCUUUUGAUGAAUCAUGCAUUUUCGAACAAGCAAUGAUCCUAUCGAAUUGUAUCGUGAUGUUGAUUAUUAGUUAAUUACAAAUGUGUACAAUUCUGCAACCAAGAUCAACAAAAUAUUAUAGACAAUUUUGACACGUUAAUGGUAUAACAUUUAGUUUCA